ACAAGUCCUCCCUCCCCCUUCAGAAUGAAAAGCGAUACCUGUCUUGCCUAUUCCCCUGGAGAAGAGGGGAGGAGAUCUGUAAUAGGUUAGAGCAGCUCAGUUUAUUUAGCUCCAAGGAAGUGACCAGGAGCCUUACAGAUUUGGAGUUUACAAAACAAACUUGGGUCAGAGCUGUAUUUUUGUGGAGAUUUUGCUUGUGCUUAUUACGUGUUAUACUGAAUGUUACCCUCCCUGUCCUUGCAAGGAAUACCAGAAUGUACUCAACAGCCCAGGUCCCGCACAGUAUAUGCUACAGAUCUACCCUGAACAUAACCUUUUGUCCGUCUACAAGAAGAAAUGAAUUUCCCAGAGCAGCAGGAAUUGUUUACUAAGUGAUGCUAAAUACAUUUUUAUUUUGUCACAGAUCCUAAAAUCAUGGGAAACGCAGAAAGUCAAAAUGUAGAAGCUUUGUAUGGGAAAGAUCACCCUGGCCUUGGCCGUAAGCACACAUCCCGUUCACUUCGUAUCAACAAAACUUCUCGCAGAACUCGGCAUGCUUCCUCAGGAAAGCCUGUGCACAGAAAGUCAGAAGUCAGCAACAGGUCCAGCAGUACUCCCAGUAUCCCACAGUGCUUAGCAGAAAAUGGCAUGGAACCUUACUCCCAGGAUGCUAACAUGGAUGACUUUGACAGUCAGGUAUGGGCAGAUAUGGGUUUAAGACCUGUGUCAUAUCAUACAGAUUCCUCCGUUACUCCUAGUCUAAACAGCAGCACAGUUCUUACAGCGGCCUCUGUUCAGAGCAUUCAAGACUCAGAGGAAAGUAGGUUGUAUGAAGAUUCCACUUAUUAUGUUGAAGUAGAUGGUAGAUCCCAAAAUUAUUCAACAAAUGGGUCAGGUCUCUUGGAAACAGCAAGUUUUAAGAAGAAAAGAUCUAAAUCUGCAGACAUAUGGCGAGAGGACAGCUUGGAAUUUUCCCUCUCUGAUCUUAGCCAAGAACAUUUAACUAGCACUGAGGAAAUAUUAUGCUCCACAGAGGAUAAAGACUGUGAGGAAACAAGGAUGGAUAAGGUUGACAGUCCAAAACAAAUGGACUCUCUCCAACGUGCCAACUCUUUAACGGACCUGUACCCUCAAAAGACUCCUCAUGUAUCAAUCAAUGGUGUUCCCAGGAGUAAGUUUAUGAUUUACUGUCGGAAUUUGGUAUCUCACUCGCCAGAAGCGGAGAAAUACAAUAUGGCACCUGCUUCUAUGGACAAUAGCCCAUCAUACAGUAAUUAUAACACUCUUCCCUGCAGGAAGUCACAUUGCCUUUCUGAAGGUGCUACCAAUCUAAAACUUAGCCACAGCAAUAGCAUGCAUGGCCGGAGAGCAAAGACAACUCAGGAUGUGAACACUGGAGGUGAAGGAAGCGAAUUUACAGACAGCGGAAUCGAAGCAGCAACUACAGACACAGAUAUUGUUUCCAGAAGGUCAAAUAUCACAACUUCCAGCUACUCUCCCACCACAAGUCGGGCAUUUAUUGGAAGUGACAGUGGCAGCAGCUCUACCGGAGAUGUCUUGCGUCAAGGAGUGUACGAGAACUUUAGGCGGGAGUUGGAAAUGAGCAGCGCCUGCAGAGAAAAUAUAGAGGAGGCAAAUUCAGCACUAAGUGAUGAACAAAGCAGCGGCACUUUAAGCUCACCUGGCCAAUCUGAUAUUCUCUUGACUGCUGCCCAAGGGACGGUUCGCAAAGCCGGGGCAUUGGCUGUGAAAAACUUCUUAGUUCACAAAAAGAAUAAGAAGGUGGAAUCUGCAACACGGAGGAAGUGGAAGCACUACUGGGUAUCCUUAAAAGGAUGUACGUUGUUCUUUUAUGAGAAUGAUGGCCGUUCUGGAAUAGACAACAGCAGUAUCCCAAAGCAUGCCGUGUGGGUGGAAAAUAGCAUCGUUCAAGCGGUUCCGGAGCACCCAAAGAAAGACUUUGUGUUCUGCCUCAGCAAUUCCCUGGGAGAUGCCUUCCUUUUUCAGACAUUCAGCCAAACAGAACUGGAAAACUGGAUUACUGCCAUUCACUCGGCUUGUGCCACCACAGUGGCAAGACAACAUCACAAGGACGACACGGUCAAGCUACUUAAAUCUGAGAUCAAGAAACUGGAGCAGAAGAUUGAUAUGGAUGAGAAAAUGAAGAAGAUGGGAGAAAUGCAACUUUCUUCUGUCACAGACACUAAAAAAAAGAAAACUAUUCUGGAUCAGAUUUUCGUCUGGGAACAAAACCUGGAACAGUUCCAAAUGGAUUUAUUCAGAUAUCGCUGCUAUUUAGCCAGUCUCCAAGGGGGAGAGCUGCCCAAUCCAAAGCGACUCCUUGCUUUUGCAAGCCGGCCAACCAAAGUUGCCAUGGGCCGUCUUGGAAUUUUCUCAGUGUCCUCAUUUCAUGCUCUGGUGGCAGCUCGCACUGGAGAGUCUGGAGUGAGGAGACGCACACAAGCAAUGUCUCGGUCUGCAAGCAAGAGGAGAAGCAGGUUUUCUUCUCUGUGGGGUCUUGACACAUCAUCUAAGAAGAAACAUGGAAGGCCUAGCAUUAAUCAGGUUUUCAACGAUGGGUCAGAAUCUGUCAAAAAGUCACUGGAAGGUAUAUUUGACGAGACUAUGUCAGAAGACAAGAAAGAAAAAGAAGUAGAAAUUGUAGCCGUCCUUCCGCACAACCCUGAAACUGACCUCUGGGUGCACGAAUACCUAACGCCCUCGUGGGUGUGUCUGCCUAAUGAUCAGCCCGUGCUCAUGGUGAUUCACCCCGAAGACACCGCCAAGGACGCAUUGGACGUUAUAUGCAAGGCACAUCAGCUGGACUACACCGCUCAUUAUCUGCGACUGAAAUUCCUGACCGACAGUCACAAACAGCACUAUAUUCCUAAACCAGAAGACGAGAUCUAUGAAUUGCUUUAUAAGGAAAUUGAAAUCUGUCCAAAAAUCAUACAGCACAUUAAGCUUGAGAAGAAAGCGAAUUCUGCAGACAACUUUGGCUUUUCCCUGUGUUCAGUGGAAGAAGAAGGCCGACAUCACCUGUAUAUAAAUAAAGUGAAGGAGUCUGGCUUGGCAUUUAAGAAAGGACUGAAAAUAGGCGAUGAAAUACUGGAGGUCAAUUCAGCUACAGCAAGAGAUCUGAAUUCUGUUAUGUUAAAACAUUUAUUGGCCAAGUCUUUAUUGUGCCUUACCAUCCGUACUUGCCCAGCAGUGGAUGAGAACCAAGGAAUGCUGGGAACUCUACCCCGGCGAUCAGAGACCGAUUGCAAUGACCUGGCACUCUUCUUCGCCAGUCGAGCAUGCAAUGACCAGGACAGUUGCAGUGAGACCGCCCCAGAGGAGAUUGAAGUUCAGCUGGAAGUUACCGAUGAGGUUGAUGCCAUUAAUAAAAGCACAGAACAGGUUGCUGCAUUUUGUCGCAGUCUUCAUGAGAUGAAUCCUUCUGAAGCUUGCUUGACUCCUUCGGAAUUUACAGGACAACAGCUAUCAACCAUGAGACAAUUAACAGAUGCCGACAAACUGCGCAAGGUUAUCUGUGAGCUGCUCGAGACGGAGCGCACGUAUGUCAAGGAUCUAAACUGUCUAAUGGAAAGAUAUCUUAAACCUCUGCAAAAAGAAACAUUUCUUACUCAAGACGAGCUUGAUGUGCUCUUUGGAAAUUUAACAGAGAUGGUGGAAUUCCAAGUUGAGUUUCUUAAAACUCUAGAAGAUGGAGUGAGGCUCGUACCAGACCUAGAAAAGCUGGAAAAAGUUGAGCAGUUCAAGAAAGUUUUGUUUUCCCUCGGUGGAUCGUUUCUGUACUAUGCUGACCGUUUCAAGCUAUACAGUGCCUUUUGUGCCAGCCACACAAAGGUUCCCAAAGUCUUAGUCAAAGCUAAAACAGAUCCCAAUUUUAAAGCAUUUCUGGAUGCUCAAAACCCAAGGCAGCAGCACUCCUCAACCCUGGAAUCCUACCUGAUCAAACCCAUCCAGCGAAUACUGAAAUACCCACUGCUCCUAAAGGAGCUGUACUCUCUGACGGACGCGGAAAGUGAGGAGCAUUACCAUCUGGAUGUGGCCAUUAAAACAAUGAAUAAAGUGGCGAGUCAUAUUAAUGAAAUGCAGAAGAUUCAUGAGGAAUAUGGAGCGGUGUUCGAUCAGCUCAUUGCAGAACAAACUGGAGAAAUAAAAGAGGUGGCAGACUUGUCUAUGGGGGACUUGUUUUUGCAUAACACUGUAGUUUGGCUAAACCCACCUGCGUCUCUCGGGAAAUGGAAAAAGGAUCCAGAACUAGCAACAUUUGUUUUUAAGACCGCAGUAGUUUUGGUUUACAAAGAUAGUUCCAAGCAAAAAAAGAAACUUGGUGGAUCCCAUCGUGCAUCAAUGUUUGAGGAUCGAGAUCCAUUUCGGUUCCGUCACAUGAUUCCUACUGAGGCUUUACAAGUUCGAACUCUGACAACAUCAGAUGCUGAAACUAACGCAGUAUGUGAGAUUGUACACGUGAAGUCUGAGUCUGAAGGCCGGCCAGAAAGAGCCUUUCAUUUAUGUUGCAGCUCCCCAGAGGGUAAAAAGGAAUUCCUUAGGGCUAUUCACUCCAUUCUCCGUGACAAGCAAAGGAGACAGCUACUGAAAACUGAAAGUUUACCCAACUCCCAGCAGUACGUUCCAUUUGGAGGGAAGAGACUGUGCGCGUUGAAGGGCGCUCGCCCGGCUAUGAACAGAGCAGUUUCGGCUCCCAGCAGGUCUCUUGCCAGAAGACGAAGACUUGUUAGAAACAGAUUUACUAUUGACUCAGACACUGUCUUUUCAACAAGUCCAGAUAAGGAAUCUGAACCUGAGACUGACGCCAAACCCCCACAGCAGGCAACCACUGGCGGUGACACUGACCGCUGGGUGGAAGAGCAGUUUGAUUUAGCUCAAUAUGAGGACCAGGACAAUGUUAAAGAAACAGACAUUCUCAGUAGUGACGAUGAGUACUGUGAGUCUAUUAAAGGAGGCUCUAUGGAAAAGGAUUUGAGUGACCAACUUGAAGCCACUUCGAUUUCCAGCAAUCCGUGCGAAAGCAAAGUCCACAACGCAAAGAGUUCUCAUGCAUCUCGCAUGACUCAACUUAAGAAACAAACCGCAUUUUCUGGUAUGAACUGUAGCAUUGAGAGUAAUACAGAGGAAGUCAUAUGGGUCAGACGUGAAGACUUUGUACCUGCCAGGAAGCUAAAUACGGAGAUCUGAAACAUUCUCUUUGAAUUCUUUUUUAAAAGGUCAAAAUAGUUGGCAGCCUUCCCCUUCAUGCACUGUGGAAAGUUAACCUUCUGACUGCAUCCUUGCACACAUAUGAGAUUGGCAGCUAAAAAGGCUACAGGCCACUUAUGGAUUAAAAAAAUCAUGUUACACAAGCAUUUAUUUUAUCUGUAAAGCAUGAGCUGCUUUUAUUUUUUUUCCUAAUAUUUAUUACAAAACAAUCAGGGUUGGAAAGAAAAGGGUAAUGUACAUAAAUGACUGGAAAGCAAAGGUCUAUGGGACUUUUCAGUUCCAAAAAAGAUGUAAUGUGAUAGCACAAAGAUCAAAGAAGGGACUUGUAUUGUGAUUAGUCAGAUAGUCCUUAUAGUUCAUGUUGCCUCUUUAUUAGCGCAGCAUUUCCUUUCUUUCCUUCCUCAAUGUUAGACUACUGUAAACUUGUAUUUUAGGAGUGUUUGAGGGGUAAUUUUGAGGUUUAUGUUGUAAAGCUGUUUUCCUUUUUGGUAUUUUGCUUGUUAUAUAAUAUAAAUAUUUUGAAUUGUUAAUUUUUACAUUUUAAAGAAAAUAUCUAAUGAUGCCAAACUCUUACUAGAGAUCCAACCGAAACACUUGAAAAUAAAAUAUAUCUUAUUUUGUAUUUAUACAUUUGUAAAUCAGGGACACCAGGGGAAAGGGGGCAUUUUACAUUGUAAACCUGCAGAUUACAGAUAUCUAGUCUUUCAUAGGGGAUAGGACAUAGUAGUUUUAUAUACAUAUAUAUAUAUAUUUAAUAAAGAGAAACGCCGACAACCUAUGUAGCUCUCUAAUUUACAUAUCCUAAUUUUAACUCAUUCUUCAAUUUCCUAAGAAUUGCACAGAAUUACACUUAUGAACAAACACAUUACUACAGACCAUUGGAACAAUAUUUUUCUUGCACUCGAGCCUCAGAAAUUCAGGUUAUUUUACCAUCUUCCAAAUUUUUCCUCUUUGACCAGUUUUGUUUUUUUUUUUUAAGUUUGAAAACCAAGACGACAACAACAGCAUUUUGUCUUUUUUAUUUUUAUUUUUUUUAGAAAUAGAGUGUUGUUUAUUUGUAUGGCAGUGCACAUUUAAGAAAAUGGUAUUGUGCGAAGAUUUUGAUUUGAAGUAGUCAUUUUGUGAUACAAUUGAUGGAAAUAGUUGCUUAACCCUUUCUUUGACAGGGGAAGCUUUAAAUCAAAGUGUACUUCCAGAAAUUGCUGGGCCCUGUAGCACAGAAGAGGUUAAGCACUAUUUGCAUAACUAUAGCUAUCAUUCCAUUGUGACAUGUGACCGUACAUCAGUUGUAUCAUUGCCACUCUGCUGCUUACAAUCUUAGUACAUAUUAUUUUGGUUAGUGUUACAGUGAAUUUUGCUGUCCAUAAGCUAAGCUUUUUUGAAAAUCUUAUCCUUUGUAACUCUAUUGUCAUUUUAUACCAUCUGCAGUUCACUUGUGUAUGGCCCAAUUAAUAGUACAAGGUUAAGCAGUCCUGUCGUGUACUGUACAAAGCAGAAUAUGGUCAAUUGUGAAAAACUGGAAAGUCUGGUGCUUUAAAGGUACCAUUUUAUGUACAUAUUGUUAUGACAUGUCAAUGUCAAAUGUUCUUAUAUAUUUCUUUUAUAAGCUGAAAGAAGGUCUAUUUUUAUGUUUUUAGUUCAUUGAAUGAAAGUUGUAAAUGCUUGUCAAACAAUAAAAUAUUAAAGAAAAA